AUGACCAAGACUGUUCACCCCGGACCCCGUCAGGCUAACGGCGUUGAAGAGAUGACCAUCAUAUGGGAUAAUGACAUCCACUGGAUGCAGGGUUCCACGUGCAGCCUGUGGUCGGUAGCGCACAACAAGGUAGCAUGCUACGAAUGCCUUGUGGAGCCUUCUCCUAUUCACUUGACGCCGCUUCUGACUUCCGUAUCACUCUCAGCCCUCGCCCCGGCUGAUACAGACAUCCUGUUCAAAGCAGAGAACUUACAGAAAGGAGGCGCCUUCAAAAUCCGAGGUGCGACCUAUGCAGUUUCGAAGCUAUCCCCGGCCGAGCUGGAGAAAGGCGUCAUAACACAUAGCUCGGGCAACCAUGCUCAGGCACUCGCUAUCGCGGCCAAGGCCAACAAUGUCAAGGCUUACAUCGUUAUGCCAGAGACGAGUGCUGUGAUUAAGAAGAACGCUACCAAGGGCUAUGGCGCAGAAGUGAUUCUCUCCCCUCCUCUGGCGGAGGAUCGCGAGCGCGUCUGCGAGGAAGUGAGACAGAGGACAGGAGCAUUUUUCAUACCUCCGUACGACCACUACGAUAUUAUCACUGGCCAAGGCACAGUAGCCCUGGAGAUGAUACGACAAGCACGGGAGAUGGGGAAGCCGCUGGGAGCAUUGGUCGUGCAAGUCGGCGGAGGCGGACUGCUGGCUGGGUGCAGUAUCGUGGCCAAGGCGCAUAAUAUCCCGAUCUACGCAGCCGAGCCAGAACUGGCAGAUGACUGCUACAGAGGAUUCCAGUCCGGAACGCGAGUCGAGCGAGUGGUCACGUCGACUGUCGCAGAUGGGCUGCGGACACCGGUCGGGAUCAGGAACUUCAAAAUAAUAAAGAAGAACGUAGAAGGAGUCAUAACGGUCAGCGAGCGAGAGAUAGUGACGGCGCAAAAACUGGUUUGGGAAAGAAUGAAGAUGGUGAUCGAACCUAGUGCUGCUGUGGGUGUCGCAGUUGUGCUGUUCUCCGAGAAAUGGAGGAGCUUAGGGAUUAGUGGAAAUGUGGGGGUUGUCUGGAGCGGGGGAAACGUAGACUUAGAUGCUCCUAUGCCAUGGACCGCAGUCAGGGAGUAGGAUGACCGAUCUCGGAGUUGUAUCGCAAAAGAGCAUCCCGUCCAUCCG